AUGGAAAUGUCCUUUACUGGAAUAAAAAAGAGUCCACUUAUAUCUUUACCAUUUCUUAAAAAACGAUUACGUUGUAUAACUGCAUUAGGUCUUCGAAAUUUAACAGUGAAUGAUUUUAAUUUUACAGUUCACUUUACAUUACAUCGAAAUGAAAAAACCGUUGCUUUCUAUACAAGUGAACUAGUAGAAAAUCAACGUAGUCCAGAAUGGUUUUAUUUAAAAUUUCCAAUAAGUGUUCAAUGCUUACAAGAUUUUGUAAUGCGUGUAUGGAUAACAUCAUCGGAGAAUUGUCGUUUAUUUCUUGAAUAUGAUGUUCAUCUUGAUAAUUCACUUGUCCCUGAUGAACAGAAAGAUGAUUCAAAAAGAAGUAAUAAUAGUCUUUGGCUUGAAAUGUUUGGUUAUCAAUUUACUGAUAAUGAAUCAAUAUUAGAUAAUCAAACAAAUAUUCAAUUAAAUGUUACAGGAUCAACAAUUAUUGAUAAAAAAUCUAAACGUAUUCAUUUAGUCAAAUCAUAUAAUAAAUUGAGUAUUUUAAGAAUGAUUAAUGUUAUUGAUGCUAUACGUGCCGAAAAUCGAUCCUCGAUACAAUGUCUUGAACGUUUACAAACAUUUGUUAAUGCACAUGAAGAUCACUUAUCAAAAAUUAAAGAACGUGAAUCCCGUCAAUUACGUAUUGAAAAUUUGAGACAACGUUUACAAUCUCAAACAUUACUAUAUGAACAGCGUUUCAAUGCGAAUCAAGAAAAACAAAAAAUAAUACAAGAACGAAAAAAUCAAUUAGAACGAAAUUUAUUACAAUUAGUUCAUAAACAAGAAGAACUUAAUUCAUAUAUAAAUCAUUUAAAUCAAUCAAAAUGUCUUCUUCAUGAUUUAAUACAAGUGAUUACUUAUCGACAAAAAGAUAUUAUUAAUGAAAUAUAUCGUUAUGUUUAUCCAAUUGUUAAUGAUAAGAACGAUGAAUAUUUGAUAGGAAAUAUCAAAUUACCACCUGCUGAAGAUAAAAUAUAUCACACAUCAUUCACUCGUGAACGUGAAAAUGAAAUUGAAGCAGCUAUUGGAUAUUGUGCACAUUUUGUUUUCAUUAUUUCACAAUUCAUUCAAUUACCACUUCGAUUUCCGAUUGAAUGUUAUGGUACAUCACCAAUAAAGAUCUAUGAUUAUACAUUACAACCAAGCGAUUUUACAUUAUAUCCAAAUAAUGAUACUAAUACUUUCCAGUAUGGUCUUUUUUUGCUUAAUCGAGAUAUUGGUCAAAUAAUGUAUCAUUGUCAUUUAGGUGGUCGUCAUAUAGAUUAUCGAAAAACAUUAAAAAAUUUAAAAGACUUAGUGGAACAAUAUUUCACAAAUGCCAAUAAUCAUAAUCAAAUUCAAUUUUACACUUCAAAUCAACAAUUAAUCGAAACGACAAUCCCAUCUAAUAGUUAUUGCGUUGAACGACGAUUGAUAUUAAAUAAACAGAAUUCAAUUGAUAAUUCUUCAUUUUCCUUAUCGCUUUCAACAGCAUCAUCAUCUAUUAUUGAUUCAGAUCAAAAUGAUGAUAGUAACAAUGUAGAUUUAUUUCCAACAUCAAAUACAAUAUCACCUCGAUUAACCAUGCAAUUUUCACAUCAACAAUAA